GAUGAUCACGGACGUGCAGCUCGCCAUUUUCGCCAACAUGCUGGGCGUCUCGCUCUUCCUCCUCGUCGUGCUGUACCACUACGUGGCCGUGAACAACCCCAAGAAGCAGGAGUGAGGGGACCCCCGAAAGGCCCGGGCGGGGUUCCCGGCCGGCCUUCGUUCCUUCCGGGCCGCACGCGAUGCCCCGGCCGCGCUGGGGGCGGGGCCGCGAGAGGCGCGAGGCCGAGCUUAUUCCAAACCAGUUUUAAAGGAAACACGAUGAUACAAGACUAAA